AUGUCGCUCGGGGUCCCCCAAGGCUCACCCCUUUCCCCCGUUCUCUUCAUCCUCUACAUUUCCUCAUUAUACAAGCAGCUAAAAGACGAGCACCCUCACUUGGAUAUAACAGGGUUUGCGGAUGACACCAACCUCCUAGCAUUUGGUCGAAACCCCGAGGCCAAUGUCCGGCAACUAGAGGCGGCGUGGGAAACAAGGGUCUGCCAGAUUCCUGGGAGUCUGGUUGGACUGGAAACUCAACUGGAAGGCUCACCUGGUGGUGGUGGAGAAGAAGCUGAGGACCCAGAGCUAUGCCCUGUCGAGAAUCGUGGCAAAGACGUGAGGAAUGGGGCUAGCCAAAGCGCGAGAAGUGUACACAAAGUGCAUCCGGUCGGCGCUGGCCUAUGGCGCAUCAUCGUUUCACAUCCCCACGGAUGUGGGAGCCGAGCCGAUUUCGAAAACCGACUCCAACGACCCGAUCUGGACGACGGUCAAGGCGGCAAGAAGACGGCGGCGAGCGUUGUCCUCACCGCCUGCCGCAAGAUACAGCAGAGACUUAGCUCGAGGAGGGGCAACAGGGGCCGACCGCGAACCUUGGGACCUCAAGGGCCUACGGCGGUGGAGAGAGCCGCGGGCACGGUAAUGCGCUGGACGGGGGGAACCGUUGAUACGAACAGGGUAGUAGAAGAGGCUUGGAAAGCGAGGUGGUUAAAGGAACGGGACGGCAGGGUAAUCACAAGGCCGGCGGACGACUUUGACCAUCAGCAGGAGACGCUAUUCCGGAACGAAACCCUAAGGAGGCACGACGGUCUCAGCAAGGCGAGGAGCUCACUGCUGAUUCAAAUCCGGACGGGAGCAAUAGGCUUACGGGACUUCUUGUUUACACGGGGAGUCCCGGAGGUUCUGACUCCUGCCUGCGAGUGUGGCGAGGGACGAGAGACUGCCGAACACCUGGUAGUGUGGUGUUUGGCCCCACCGUUGACUAGAAGAUGGGAGAGAACUGGAAUUCGGACACGACGGGACCUUUACUCUGUUCUACACGGCAUCAAUCCCACGACUGCACGGCUGGCGAGGAGAGUUCUCGACUGGCUGAUGGACUCGGGGAAGCUGCCGAUGUACAACUUAGCCAGGAGGCUUGAGCUGGAAGCGGCGGCCUGA